GUUAUGUGCAUUCGUAAUUGAAAAGAAAAGCGUUUUUCAUAUUUCAAAUUGCAGUUGUAAUAAACAAUAUAGCACCAAACUCGAGUCCACAUCGAAAUAAAAUGAUAAGUUACUGUGAUGAAUUCCCUGUUUAAGUUUUGUGCUAUUGUUACGGUUCUCUUGGACUUAAGCACGUACAACCCCCGAGGUUCCAAUACAUAUAACACCGAUAGGAUUAUUUCGACAAAGAUCGACGCAGCACAAUCUAUUCUAACAACUAAUUUAUCAUUCCACCUUGCCACCGAAACUACAACGUUAUUUUCCACAACUGUAUCCAAUACAAUUACUUCCUCUACAGACAGUUUUCCUGAUCGCUCGACAAUUGUAAAUACGCCAGAAACUCAUUUGACCACAGGCAGUUCUGAAGAGUCUUCUACACUCAAUAUCAUUGAUGGUUAUACAAUUUCAUAUGCGCCAGAUGCUGAAUUGACUACAGAAAUUACUGCAGAAACUUCUGCAACCAAUGCUCCUGAUCGUUCCACAAUUCCGAAUAGGCCAAAUACCCAACUGACUACAGACACUACUGAACAGUCUUUCACCACCAAUAUUCCUUAUGAUUUAACAAUUCCUUUAUCAAAAGUCAAAUUAACUACAGAAGGCAUUGAAGAAGGCUAUACAACCACUGGUUAUUCGACAAUUCCAGACACGUCAGGGACUGAGUUACCCACAGAAAGCACUACAGGGGCUAUUACAAACACUGCUUCUAAUCAUUCAACACUUUUAAGCAACUCAGAAGUCGAGUUAACUACAGAAAGUACCACAGAUGCUUCUAUUACAAAUCUUUCUGAUAAUUUGACAAUUUCGAACACGGUAGGGGCCGAAAUAAUUACAGAAGGCACUGUAGAGACGUCUACGACUAAUGUACCUAACGAUUCAGCAAGUCCAAAUGUACCAGAGACUUCUAUUACCUCAGGCACUACACAACACCCCUUCCUAACUAGUAUUCCUGAUGAUUCGACAGUUUCAUACACGCCAGGGGCCGAAUUAACUACAGAAGGUACUAAAGAUACAUCUACUAUUAAUCUUUCUGAUAAUUUGACAAUUUCGAGCACGACAAAGGCCAAAAUUAUUACAGAAGGCACUGUAGAGACGUCUACGACUAAUGUACCUAACGAUUCAGCAAGUCCAAAUGUACCAGAGACUUCUACUACCUCAGGCACUACACAACACCCCUUCCUAACUAGUAUUCCUGAUGAUUCGACAGUUUCAUACACGCCAGGGGCCGAAUUAACUACAGAAAGUACUACAGAUACAUAUACUACAAAUCUUUCUGAUAAUUUGACAAUUCCGAACACGGCAGGGGCUGAAAUAACUACAGAAGGCAGUGCAGAGACUUCUACGACCAAUGUUCCUAAAGAUUCCACAAUUCCAAAUGCACCAGAGAUUCAAAUGACCCUAGCUAGCACUGACGUGCAUUCUACAGACACUGACCAUGGAAAUUCAACAAUUUCAUACACGCCAGGGGUCGAAUUAACUACAGAAAUUACUACAGAUGCUUUUUCUACCCAUCCUUCUGAUCAUUUAACAAUUCCAAACACGAUAGAGGCUGAAAUAACUACAGAAGUCAAUGGCGAUUCAACAAUUUCAAACAUGCCAGUGACCGAGUUAACUACAGAAAGUACUACAGAUGCUUCUACUACAAAUCUUUCUGAUAAUUUGACAAUUCCGAACACGACAGGGGCUGAAAUAACUACAGAAGGCAGUGCAGAGACUUCUACGACCAAUAUUCCUAAUGAUUCCACAAUUCCAAAUAUAUCAGACAUUCAAAUGGCCCUAGGCAGUACUGACGAGCCUUCUACAGACACUGUCCAUGGCGAUUCAACAAUUUCAUACACGCCAGGGGCCGAAUUAACUACAGAAAGUACUACAGAUACAUCUACUAUUAAUCUUUCUGAUAAUUUGAUAAUUCCGAACACGACAGGGGCUGAAAUAACUACAGAAGACAGUGCAGAAACUUUUAUGGCCAAUGUACCUGAUGAUUCUACAAUUGCAAAUACACCACAGAUUCAAAUGACCCUAGGAAGUACUGACGAGCCAUCUACAGACACUGUCCAUAGCGAAACAACAAUUUCAAACACACUAGGGCUCAAGUUAACUACAGAAGGUGUUACAUAUGCUUCUACUACCAAUGUUUCUGACAGUUGGACAAUUUCGAACACGCCAGAGACCAAAUUAAUCACAGAGAGCACUGAAAAAUGUUGUACAUCCAAUGUUCCUGAUUAUUCGACAAUUUCAGAUACGUCGGGGAUUGAAUUGCCUACAGAGAGCACUACAUUGGCUUCUGUAAACAAUGGUCCUUAUCAUUCAACAGUUUCAAGUACGCCUCAUGCUGAAUUUACUACUGAAAUCACUGCAGAGGUUUCUACAACUAAUGCCCCUAGCCAUUCAACAGUUUUAAAUACGCUUAAUGUUGAAUUGACUACAGAAGGUGCUGUGGAUGUUUCGACAGCCAAUGUGCCUGAUUUUUCGUCAAUUCCAUACACGUCAGAUGUUGAAAUGAAUACAGAUAACACUGUAGAUGCUUCUACAACCAAUCGUCCUGAUCAUUCAACUAUUCGAAAUAUACCAGCGAGUCAAUCAACCACAGACGGAAGUGAAGAGGUUUCUACAACGUAUGUUUUAGAUCAUUCAGUAGUUCCAAGCAUGCCUGAGAUUGAUUGGACUACAAAAACUACUGAAGGGGCUCUUCCGAUCCGUUUCUCUGCUAAAGUGACUACUAUAAGCUAUACAACAAAAUCACCCAUGGCAACAAUGGAAUCCACCUUUUCGUCCCUCGAUAACAACGAAUUAACAACGACAUUAGUUGUUACUUCUUCUUCGACUCUUUCAACCGAUUCUUCUUUUGAGUCCUCGUCUGAUGGCCCUUCAACAUCAAUUGAGACAACGACUUCUUUUUCUCUGGACGCGGUUCCUGAAGCUUCUGCGUCCAUUGCGGCUAUCGUGUCUGCAGUUUUUGGUCGCUGUGUAGUAUGUUACUUAGUUAUAUUGUGUGUUAACUAACCAUUGUUCGCUUUUGAAACUUAAUGGCUGUGAAAAUAUAGAAAAUUAUCGAUGGUUGCCGUAUGGAA